CUGGACUGGCUUGAAAAGAACAUCGUUGUCGACGAAAAAACGCGAACUAAACGCCAGGUUGCCGGUGCCGCAGCACUCUGGACCGACAAACGAGUAUACUACCACUAUGACGCUACUAUAGGUGUAGUAUAUAGUUCUUCUUUAAUUUUUGCUAUCUCAUGCACUUUUUUUUCAGGUGCUCGGAAGAAGAGUAUAGCGCAGCAAUCUUUCAACUAUCUUCAAGCCCGCACUUGUGUUACAUUUGUUGAAAAUGCAACUGCCCCGAAUCGUGUGCGUGUGUUCAAUGGUGACGGAUGUUGGUCAAGUAUUGGUAUGGUAGGGGGAGUGCAGAACUUAUCGCUAGGAAGUGGUUGUGAUGAGAUCGGAAUUGUAGCACAUGAAUUUGCUCAUACUUUGGGAUCUUUCCAUACGCAAAUGAGAAGUGAUCGUGAUAAUUACGUAACAGUUGAUUUGACAAAUGUACCGGUAAGUGUGUUUCAGAUCUUUGUUCAAGCUAAAGCUGCAAAGCUUUCGCUGACAGCAGCUGCAGACUCGUAAAU